AUGUCAUCCCCUGCACUAUCAACUACCUCGACACCUCUAUAUCGCGUCUUUCGUGGCCUGAAAUCAACCCAAGUCAUUGCUACGCCCGCCAAUGAGAGAGAAUGGCGGGUAACCCUCAACGAGUUCAAAGCCAUCUAUCUAGAAGGGAAAUGGAAGGAAUGCGAAUCGAAAUGUUCUAGGCUACUCGAGGCUUCCAAGGGCAAACCGGUCAUCUAUCCGUACGUACUAUUUUUGAUCGGUAGCUGCGUUGAGAUACACGCCAGAAACAUGCAUCAGUAUUCCGCAGGGAAAGGGAAGAAAAUGGAAGAAGCAGCUACCUGGUUUGAGAAGUGCGAGAAAGCGUUGCCACAUAGCAUAAAGCUACCAGAUGAACAUAACGUUCCCAACAAUGCCCUCCGCACCCCACCAAUGUCUCCCAAAAGUGGAAGGCUGAGUGUGACCGACAUCAACAAAUCUCCUCCGACCGCUUUUGGAGCAAAGAGUCGCUUUGAUCCUACACCAAACCGGCAUGAGGAACGAGAAAACGAAAGACAAUUGGGAGUUGACCACCACAAAAAGGAGAGUCCAGGAGGCCUGGUUUCCUCGAUCACGAAAAUGAUUGAUCGAACUCUUGAGUUGCCUUUCGAUGAGACCGAUCCAUUUCUUUCUCUCACACCUGAGGCAGCCUCUCUUGGUGCGCGAAUCGGUAACUGGUUAAUCCCUCCUGUGCCUCGGUUAACGCCCUCGCCUUUACGUAUCUGCAAGGUGAAGUCAGAUAAUAUUCUGGGGGAAUCUGCUAGCAAACCUUUUCAUUUCACAACCGCUCCAUCACUGCAAAGUCAAGAUGGUCACGCAAACGGCAUCAGUCACUUCUCAAUAGAAAAUCAAACUCCAGACUUGGAAGUCAGGCCAUUAAAGAAGCGAACCAACUUCACAUCUUAUGACAGCGUGUUUUUUGAAAACUCCAUUCAUAGAUCUGAUUGCCGCUAUACUGGGUUCGUCGAUGAUGACGGUAAUUCAGAAAGUACAAUCAAAUACAAAACCUGGGAUGAACACAUAAAGUGGGAAAUCGAAACAUCUCAAGGCGACGGCAAGUUUUUGAUUGACGAAACUAAUGCUUAUUCUCCUAGCGCAAAACCGUCACCUUUACGUAUCAAGCCAAAGAGGAUGAUACUCAAGCCUGUCGAUGCUUUCAACUCCGAUCAGUUCUCUCUCGGUCGUCUACAACGCUUUUGGGAGAUUUCGUCUUUCAACGGCAUUAUUGCGAAAAAUUCAGAUGCCCAAUCCCUGUCUGCUGUAGAACCAACAUGGGCAUAUCUAUCUGCACAAUAUCGAGCUGCAUUAUCUGCAGAAGACGAGUGUGUUCAAGCUCUAAAGACCCAUGUGACUAAUUACAAUAAUCACCUGGCCUCUCUCUCCGCUUACUUACAACGAAAUGUGUCCCGCCUACGCCAACUUGCUACGACUAUUGAUUUCAACCGCACAUCGCACAUCGAAGCACGCAGAAUCCAGCCCACAAAGUCAUAUUGGAGUUUCUCUGUCAAAAGUAACUCUGGUGACUUCAAUGGUAAUGACGACUAUGACGAACAUCGCGACAAACCUGAGAUGAAAGCAAACCUUGGCUGGGCUGCACCAGGUACAAUACUCAACGAGACUAAAAAGGAAAGAGUCAAGAGAUUGAAGGCAGAAAGAUUUCGAAAUGUUGGAAUGCAGAACGAGAAAAGAGGUCAUAAAGGGAGGAGCUGGUAUUUGGACCUAUGCGGUGAGAUACUGGAUGAUAUUGAAGGUUUGAUGAGAGGUGUCUAUUGAGACUGGAUUUGGACGAUGAUAUGGUAAACCGGCGAG